GAUAAGGUGAAAGAUAAGCGACGUUCCAGGUCGAAUAACAACAUUUUCGAUUACUUUUUUAGUCAUUAAAAGUUACAACACCUACCUAGUAACUUUGUAGUAGCGCGAAUCGAGGGUGCAAAGUGCAUCUCGGACAAUUUUGAAUGAUUAAUUUCAGUAUUUUCAUAUUUAUAUCGACGUUUCAACCGUUUUGGUGUUGUUUAAGCUGAGACACAAAAUGGGAUCGUAUUUGUAUCACGAGAUUGGUUUGAAUUACGAAAACGAAAAACCUAGUGAAAACAACAGGAAACUUAGUGAUACAAAAUAUGAUCAAAUCAAAACGAUCUCCAGGGUGUACGCCGAUGCAUUGGCCAACAAACCUAAGUCAUUCUACGAGUAUGACAAUUUCAUACCGGCCUACGAUAACAUAGACGAUUAUAGCCUGAUCAAGAAAAUCGGCAGUGGAAAAUACAGUAUAGUUUUUGAAGGAAUUCACGAAUCCAAACGAGAAAGGGUUGUGAUCAAAAUGUUGAAACCUGUUAGAAGAAAGAAAAUUAAAAGGGAGAUAAAGAUAUUGGAAUGUUUAAAAGGAGGAACAAACAUAAUCAAACUACUUUCGGUAGUCGAAAUACCGAUGAACCUUACCGCUCUAGUAUUCGAACAAUUAGUCAAUAGCGAGGAUUUCAAGAAUAUUUAUUUAAAAUUAUCGGAAGAGGACACUAGGUAUUAUCUGUAUGAAGUUUUAAAGGCUCUGGAUUUCUGUCACUCCAAUGGCAUCAUGCACAGGGACGUUAAACCUCACAACCUGAUCGUAGAUCUGGAAAACCGCAAAAUAAGACUGAUCGACUGGGGUCUGGCCGAAUUCUACCAUCCGGGAGUGGAGUACAACGUCAGGGUAGCCUCCAGAUACUUCAAAGGUCCAGAAUUGCUGGUGGACUUUUGUUUCUACGACUAUUCCCUGGAUAUCUGGAGUUUCGGAUGCAUGUUCGCGUCCAUGCUGUUCAGGAAAGAGCCGUUUUUCCACGGUUGCGAUAAUCACGAUCAGCUGUUGAGAAUAGUUAAAGUUUUGGGUACUUCGGAACUCAGUAGUUACUUGAAAAAGUACCGACUCAACCUAGACCCGGAAUUCCAACAAAUGCUCGGGUAUCACAGCCGCAAAUCCUGGCAAAGAUUCGUCAACAGCGAGAACGAGUACCUAGUUGACAGCGACGCCUUCGAUCUCCUAGAGAACUGCCUGAAAAUCGACCACAUGGAUCGUAUUUCGGCCAGGGAAGCCAUGAGGCACAAGUACUUCGCCAAAGUACGAAGAAGAAGCUCGUUCGAAGUACCCAGCAACGUGGGUACUGUGCCUGUAGAUGGCGGUACUGAGAAGUAAGAUGAGAUUUUGAAACUUUCGUUUUUUUAGGACGAUCUUGAAUUUUUACUCUGUGUUAAUCUAAGUUUAACGAAUUAAAUUGAUUUGAUUUUGAAA